GAUCUGCUGCUUCCGCACAGAAAUUCAUGUUUACAAGUGCAGAUAAGCAUCAAACCAUCAGGAAGAAAUGGAAUCUGCAAAGACUGAGUUUAUUAAAGAGGAAAGUGAGAACAUGAGUGAUCCAGAACCCUGCAGAAUGAAACACACUGAAGAACAGCGAGACCCGAUGGAAGAGAACGAGGAGAGUGAAGAACUGAGUGAAGUGGAGGAGAAACCUCAUGUCAAACCUGAAGAGAAACCUCCGAGUCACUCGAAAACUAAAAAUAAAUUAAAGAAAAGAAGACCUGAGAAAUCUUUCACCUGCACUCAGUGUGGAACGAGUUUCACAUACAAAAACGCUCUUGAGAUUCACAUGAGAAUCCACACAGGAGAAAAAUCACACGCAUGUGAUCAAUGUGAAAAGAGUUUCCCAUACAAACAAAAUCUUUUAAAACGGCACCAGAGGAUUCACACUGGAGAAAAACCUUACAAGUGUUCACACUGUGACAAGAGAUUUCGUUGGUCAGUAGAUCUGAAAAGACAUGAGCAGAGCCACACUGGAGAGAAACCGCACACGUGUGAUCAGUGCGGGAAGAGCUUCACACGCAAACAAAGUUUUAGAGUCCACAUGAGGAUCCACACGGGAGAGAAGCCGUACGCAUGUGAUCAAUGUGGAAAGAGUUUCACGUGUUCAUCAAACCUUAAAGGACACAUGAAAAUCCACACCGGAGAAAAACCACAUGCAUGCGAUCAAUGCGGCAAAACAUUUCUUGUUUCAUCAUCCCUGAAGAAACACCUGACAGUUCAUAUGAAGGAGAAGCCAUAUUCAUGUUCUUUAUGUGGAAAGAGUUUUUCAUGGCAGCAAAGUUUAAAAUCCCAUCAGAAAUUACAUAACGCUGUGAGAGAUCAUGUGUGCUUUCAGUGUGGGAAGACUUUUGCUUUGGUGAAUCUUUUAAAACGGCACCAGAUGAAUCACACUGGAGAAAAACCUUACAAGUGUUCACACUGUGACAAGAGAUUCAGUUGGUCAGUAGAUCUGAAAAGUCAUGAGACAAUCCACACUGGAGAGAAACCACACACGUGUAAUCAGUGCGGGAAGAGCUUCACAAGCAAACAAAGUCUUCGAGCACACAUGAGGGUCACACCGGAUGCUGGAAUUUUCCCAUCAGUUUACAAGUGCAGACCAGCAUCAAACCAUCAGGAAGAAAUGGAAUCUGCAAAGACUGAGUUUAUUAAAGAGGAAAGUGAGAACAUGAGUGAUCCAGAACCCUGCAGAAUGAAACGCACUGAAGAACAGCGAGGUUUUCUACAAAUGGUCAAAAAGUGCAACAUCAGAUCAAUCUGA